AUGGAAGAAGAUGCCCUGCGAGCGAUAUCUGGACACUCUAAUUCUACCAUUAGCACCGUCAAAAGCCAGUUUCUGCUUCCUUUGGAUGCAGUUGUUUCGUUGAGCUAUGAAGUUAACGGUCGUCAGAAAGGAUGCGAAGUGAAUGAAGCCGGCACGACGUUUUUGCUUCCGGAUGGAUGGCCCGCUAUCCAGUUUUUCGUUGACUCGAAUAAGGCACCUUCGCGCCGGGAAACUCCUGCUGAUAUCGAAGCACAAUUUUCGGACUACAAACGGGAUCCUGAAUCGCCCUACGUUAUUGAUGAGAAACUGGCGAGCGAACUUUGCAACCGGCUCUUCUUUGCUCCUCGAGGACAAAAAGCUCUACGAGGUCCUUACGAGGAAACUUUUGCUGUAAAAGAUGGUGUCAUUGACGGUGGUUGCGUUUCCCCAAUUUCACCGAGAGCUGCUGUGACAUUCGCACACAAAUCGCAUGGAAUUCUUCGCGAGUAUGACGAAGGACAAGAUGAUGAAAUUAACCAGCACAGCCUUGUGGAAAUAAGAAACUGCCAAAAUCACAAUAUUCGACACAUCAUGAAGGUGAUUGUCGUCGACGCUCAUCAUGACUUUGUAUUACUUUUCUCAUUGAACGGAAGCACGAUUUUUGAGGAUUAUCCGCAUGCAGCGCACGCUUCUUCUAAUCCAGCCGAUACGUGGAUUUCUCCUGGACAUCUUAUCUGGGGAGCCUAUCAAAAGUAUCUCGUGCAGCAUGGCUUUCUACAACCUCGUGCAGAAAGGGAGUUAGGUGGACGGAAACCAAAGCGUCGAGCCAUCGCCAAAUUAAAUGUG